AUGUCGGCCCCCGAGAAUUCUAAAAUCACCCUGAUCCCAUCCGAUGAGCCCGAAGAUGGCCGUGGAAUCGAAGUUGAACGUGUAAUCAUCGAGCGAUCCAUCUUGAUCAAGAACAUGCUCGAGGAUCUAGGUGAUUCUGGGGAACCUAUUCCAAUUCCAAAUGUUAAUAAAGCUGUCCUCGAAAAGGUCAUCGAAUGGUGCGAACAUCACAGGAACGACCCACCAACCACCAAUGAUGAGGACUACGACUCGCGCAGAAAGACCACUGACAUCGACGAGUGGGACCAAAAAUUCAUGCUGGUUGACCAAGAGAUGCUUUUUGAGAUAAUCCUGGCCGCCAACUAUCUUGAUAUCAAAGCCCUGCUAGACGUAGGCUGCAAGACCGUCGCCAAUUUGAUCAAGGGCAAGUCGCCAGAUGAUAUCCGGAAGACCUUCAACAUCCAGAACGACUUCAGCGAGCAGGAGGAGGCUCAAAUCCGUGCUGAGAAUGAAUGGGCAGAGGAGUAG